AUGGCGCGGGAAGAGCCACUAUUGGCUCCGCGCCCGUCCUCCGACGGCUCGUCGAUUCGAAACGAAGAAGAGGAAUUCGCCCUACUGACUGGCGAGCGGACAGCUCAAAGAGCCGAGAAACAACGAGGCUGGAAAUUCUGGAGGGAGAUCGGAUUGUUUGCCUGGGCGUUGCUUGCAACAGUCUUGGUGAUCGUGCUGGCCGUGGUCUACCAGCACAAACCAGCGGAAAUCCACGGCCCCAGUCAUGACUCGAAAAACAUCACAUGGGGCCCUGGGGGCAAGCCGACAGGCAAGCGCAAUGUGAUCUUCAUGGUAUCAGACGGCAUGGGACCCACGAGUCUUUCGCUCACUCGGAGCUUCCGGCAAUACAAGGAGGAUCUGCCGAUCGACGACAUCUUGGUUCUGGAUCAGCAUUACAUUGGAACUUCCCGUACACGAUCCAGCUCUAGUCUGGUUACAGACUCAGCAGCUGGAGCCACGGCAUUCUCGUGCGGUCGCAAGAGUUACAACUCUGCUAUCUCGGUGACUCCUGACCAUGCGCCUUGUGGGACUGUGCUUGAGGCGGCCGCACUGGCGGGCUACAAGACUGGACUGGUUGUGACGACCCGCCUCACGGAUGCGACUCCCGCUUGCUUUGCUGCUCAUGCUAAUCUGCGGAGCUACGAAGAUUUGAUUGCCGCUCAAGAGGUCGGAGAACAUCCCCUUGGUCGGGUAGUGGAUCUCAUGCUUGGCGGUGGAAGAUGCCACUUCUUGCCCAAAUCACAGCAAGGAAGCUGCCGUGGUGAUGACCAUGACCUCAUCAACGUUGCUGGCAAGAAUGGCUUUGGUUAUAUUGACGAUCGUGCCGGAUUUGAUAGCCUGAAGGGAGGCGACAACGUUAGCUUGCCUCUGCUUGGUCUUUUCGCCGGCGGGGAUAUUCCGUAUGAGAUUGACCGCCGUACUCAGAACGAGAUAUACCCUUCUUUGGAGGAAAUGACCCGCACUGCUCUGAAGGCCUUGAGCAAGGCAACAGAGGACAGCGAGCAAGGAUUCUUCAUCAUGAUCGAGGGCUCUCGCAUCGACCAUGCCGGCCACGGCAAUGAUCCUGCUGCGCAAGUGCACGAAGUCUUGGCUUAUGACAAGGCAUUUGCUGCUGCAUUAGAAUUCGUGGAGAAUGACUCUACCCCCGGCGUGAUUGUCAGCACAUCUGACCACGAGACUGGUGGUCUGGCUGCGGCACGCCAAUUACACAAGAGCUACCCGGAGUACCUGUGGCUUCCUAGUGUGUUGGACAAGGCAAGCCACUCUGGCGAAUACCUCGCGGCUCGCUUGAGCGAGUAUCUUUCUGGAUCUGGCAAAGAUGGCAAGGAUUCAGCUAAGAGAGACUGGGUCAGAAAGAACCUCGUCAAAGACGGACUUGGCAUCACUGAUUCUUCAGAUGCUGAAAUCGAGGCCCUGAUCCACCCGGAGCCAGGUGUUGGUCCUUCUUAUGUCUUUGCUGAUAUGAUCAGUCGUCGUGCACAAGUUGGCUGGAGCACCCAUGGACAUUCUGGUAUUUUACCCCUUGGCACCGAUUCAUUGCAUCUUGCUAAUUCAAACAUAGGCGUUGACGUCAAUAUUUAUGCAUCAUCUUCUAAGGAUGCUUGGCCAUUGGUCGGUAACAACGAGAACACCGAUGUUGGCGCUUUCCUUGCCGACUAUCUUGAUCUCGAUGUCAACAAUGUCACAAAGCUGCUCCAGGAUACCAAGACUGGACUCUUCCAAUCAUACGAUUGGAUGGGUGACCGUCUCGGUUUGAACUUCCACUCUGAGGGGUUGGAUACCUACCAUGGAGACUUCAGGAAGCGAUCUGAGGACGAUUGCGGGUGCGGUGCAACCCACUAA